AUGCCUGCUGUUGGCGUCAGGUGGUCGACUUUGCGCUCCUUCGUCAACUGGACUCAGGAGCCACCCUCUUUUUUCGGACCGCGCGAGCGUUCAAGGACGCGAAAGGGAGUGGAGCUUCCUGACGGCUGGUCUGAGGUCCACUCUCCUGCGCGGGGUGUCUACUUCAGCCACAACCCUUCAGGGGUGACCCAGUGGGAUUUUCCCACAGGGCCACCGACACCCGAGCAGGUUGAGAAAGUCCGCGCAGAGCGCAGGCAACGGUACGAUCACAGGUCAGCUGACCUUCACCCCGGUGCACAGGUGCGUCUGGUCGGGCUGCAGCUGCCCCACCUUGAGGGAAAGACUGGGACGUGCGUGCAGUUUGACACCGACGGUUACGUCCGCGUUCGGCUUGACAGCGGCGAGCUGAAGGCCGUGAAGCCAAAGAACUUGAUGCUGGUUCCGACGGCGAGAAGCCAUCCAGUCCUGGGAACUCCGCGCCCUUCGCAGGAGGCUCCUCCGAAGAAAGCCAGAAGUGGCCUCAGGGUGGCUGGUGUGUUGCUCCUCCUGGGCUUUGGUGGAGCCGCUGCGUACCUGGCGCUUGAGGAGCACCAAGCGGAAUCUGCAGAUGCAGAGGACGUCAAGACGCCCGCGCCAAAACAGGCGCCUCAGCGAAAGGAGGCUCCUGGGCCAGCACCUCUUCCGCCAGGCUGGUGCGAGCAUCUCGACCCUUCGUCAGGGCGGCUUUACUACUGGCGGGAGGACAAUCCGACGGGCACAACCACGUGGACCCGGCCCACAGCGUGA